AUGGAACGGACUGGCUGUUUUCAGACGGUCACAUCUCUGUACGAGUCGGUGGUGCCGCCAUCGGAGAAAUGUAUAAACUACGUGAAGAGCGUUGAAGACUCGAGGAAGAGGACGGAGGGAAAGAUCGUGACGCUGAAAUCGGAUAUUGUCGCGAGGAGGAGCGUGGUCGAGGCGGAGACGCAUCUGACGGUGUUGGAGCCGGAAGAGGCGCUGGCCGAGGACACGACCGUGGCCGAGGACGCCGCCGCCGACGCCGCCGCCACCGCCACGGAAUUGUCGCAGGCGGUGUUGCAAAAGAAACAGGACAGAGAGAUCCCGGUCGAGGUCGAGAUCGUCGAGCUGACCACCAGUGUCAAAGAGACCCUCCAGUUCCCGGAGAUCGAGCAAAUACCGGACUCGGGCAAAACUAGCGAGAUCGGCGAGACGGAGGACAUCGUGGUGGAGCAGAUCGACCUGAUACGCGAGGCAAAGGAGUUGCCUCACCAAGCCCGUUCCAAAAUAGGCAACCGUCAGACGUCGGUGGAGGAGGAGGAGGAGAACGACGACUCGUCGGAGAGCAACACCGACAGCGACAGUUACCCGGAGGAGCAGCCCACUUACACCAAGCUCGAGGAGAUUGAUCUGCUCUCGAGCAUCGGCCGUGACAUCGGGGUCGAUCUCGAGAAGUACGUGCAACCGGUGCCGGACGUGGUCGCCAUGGAGGCCGCUCUCGAUCACAUUCAUCGCGCGUCCUCGCGGCCCUCUGCUGCCGCCGUCAACGCUAAUGCCAACAGCAUGACCAAGGACCCGAUCGAGGACACGAACAAGCUGUUGGACCGCCAGCUUGCGGAUGCGAAGAAGAGUUGUCGCGUUGUCUGGAUUAAAGGACUAAAAGAGAAGAGAACGUGUGGGUUCUUUUAUCCUCCCACACUUUGCGCGUGGUUCGCGAGAAUGUGAUGAGCGGUUUAUCGAGGUUUAUCAAGCUAUUGGAUGCUUGAUAACUUUCCAACGACGAGAAACUUUUUUGUUUCGUCUCUUUUUCUAAAUAAUUCUGCGAUUCGGCUGUUGAACUCUGUUGAACUCUGUUGAACGAUGAGGGACAGCGAGGAGACAGUGACGGUGACAAGACAAAGUCUGUGCAAACAGUUUGCAAAGAGAAAGUGCGGAGAUUUAUGCUCGUCGUUGGCAUAAACGUUGGUAGAAUCGUCGGAGAUCGAGUAGCAGUUUCGACGAGAAGGAAGAUCUUCUUCUGACGAAGAGAAGAUGGGCAGUAGCAACAAGCUAGGAAGGAAACAUUACAAAAAGGACUCGCGAUUCGUCACGGACCUCUACACAUUCACGUACGACGACUUCGAUCUUCUCCACGACGAGGAUGACGAUAAGGAGGAACAGCGGCAGCCGGACGAAGGAGAGACGGUUUCGUUGCCCGGCCGGAAACCCGACGAAACGAAGGAUCUUGAAAGGGAAGAUCUGGUCGCGCGAUUCGAUAGAGUAGUCGGGGCAGAUGAUCCGGCAGAUGAAACUUUUCAGCGACGAAACGACCGCGAAGAGAUACGACGGAGGUUGGCAAUGGGACCAGAUGCUGAAGACUUGCGCGUUGAACGCGGAAGGAAGCCGAGCCUGCAGUCGCGGCUUCAAAGCGGAAUGAAUCUGCAGAUCUGCUUCAUGAACGAAACGCCCUCGGACACGGAAUCCCCGUGUUCGGAGAGCGACGUGUCCCCGGGAUCUACGCCGACCGCGCUCAACUCAACGAGACAACAGCAGCAGCAGCAGCAGC